CAACUGCAUACCCUCCCAUGUCCCAACCACUCAACGCCGGCGCCGCCAUGGAGGAGAGCAGAGGAUGCCAUGUCGUUGUUCUCCCAUGGCUGGCCUUCGGUCACUUGCUCCCUUUCCUCGAGCUCUCCAAGUCCUUGGCAGCCAGAGGGAUCAAAGUCUCCUUUAUCUCCACGCCAAGGAACUUACAGAGACUACCAGUGAUACCCCCACACCUGGCCUCCCAGAUCGAUCUCGUCAACUUCCCGCUCCCCUUCGUUGAUGGUCUGCCGGAGAACGCCGAGGCCACCGUCGACCUCGAGCUGGGGGACGUUCAGUACUUGAAGAAGGCCUACGAUGGGCUCGAGGCGCCUUUCAGUGGGUUCGUAGCAGCAACUUCGCCGGACUGGAUCAUUUACGACUGCGUCACUUUUUGGGCGCCUCGAGUGGCGAUGAGGUUCGGCGUCCCAAGUGCGUUCUUCAGCGUAUACAGUGCCGCAACGGCAUCAUUCAUGGGCCCACCCAGGUCAUUAGCCGGCGACCGUGGCCGGUCAAAGCCCGAGGACUUCACGGUGGUGCCCAAAUGGAUCGACUUCCCGUCCACCGUCAAAUUCCGUCACUAUGAAGCUGUCUCCUGGUCCAGCGACCUCGGGGAAAACGUUUCCGGCGUGCCGGAUCCUGUACGGUUUGUCACUGUCAUUGAAGGUUGCCAGACAGUACUGAUAAGAAGCUGCAUGGAGUACGAGGGAGCCUAUCUCAACGUGGUGAAGGAGAUGAACGGAAAGCCAGUCAAACCGGUGGGCCUGCUCCCCCCAGCUCAAGACCUUUGGGACUCAACCCCGGUAGGCUCAGAGUGGGGUAGCCGGUUCCGGUGGCUAGAUGAGCAAGCCCCCAGAUCUGUUGCGCUUGUGGGGUUCGGAAGUGAGUUCAAGCUGAGCGUAGAGCAAAUGCAUGAGCUAGCCUUCGGGCUGGAGACCUCAAACCUGCCCUUCAUAUGGCUGCUAAGGAACCCACUCGGCGUGCCGGAAGAAGUGGACGUGCUGCCGGAGGGCUUUCGAGCCCGAGUGGCUCCACGGGGGCUCGUCUGCGUGGGGUGGGCUCCCCAGAUCAAGAUCAUGGCUCACCCAUCCAUUGGAGGGUACUUGUUCCACUCAGGGUGGGGCUCUAUAGUAGAGGCCCUCCAGUUUGGGCUCCCACUCAUCCUUGCACCAAUGAUACUCGACCAAGGUUUGAAUGCAAGGCUAGCAGCGGAGAAGAAGAUUGGAAUAGAGAUAGAGAGGGAUGAGAAGGAUGGAAGGUUCACAAGGGUGGAAGUUGCCAAGGCACUCAGACUAGUGAUGGUUGAAGCUGAAGGGGAGCCACUUAGGGCCAAGGCGAGGGAGAUGAUGCCAAUUUUCGCUAACAAGAGUCUCCAUGAAACCUAUAUGGAUGAGGUGGCUGAAUAUUUAGUUGGGUACCAAAAGCAGAGGUGCAUGAGUUAACAUAUGUUACUUUUGGUGAGAGAAAGUUGUGUUGCAAUUUGGAGUGUAAACAAACGAGCCAAGUUUGGCUCGAGCCACAUAUUGCUCGGCUGGAGCUCGAGUCAAGCUUUAUGAGGUGAGCUCAAGCUCCCCUUGGUAAAUUGAGUCGAGCUUUACUCAUUUAAACUCGUAUCACUUGAUAUCUGUUUUUGUUCUUAGCUGUUGUUUCACCCAUCGUUGGUAGGUUUUGUUGAUAUUCUUUCCUUUCCAUCGGUUUGUUGUCAGUCUUCAUCAGCUGGCAAGCACAAGUAUUUAUAGGGAAACAACAAAAUAAAUGG